UAGUGCUUGCAUAGAACAGCGUGUUGUGAUGAAGAUUCUUGCAAACGAAGGCUUAAAAGCCACAGAUAUCUGCAGGAGGCUUCAAGCACAAUACGAUGAUGAGACGCUCCGCCGCAGUAGUCAUUUUGAUGUGCUGUCAGUGCCAGGGGCGGACUGACAACUCAUGGGGCCCCCCGGGCAAUAGGGGAUCAUGGGGCCCCUGUGUCAUUGCCCAAACUCAAAAAAGCCUAUGAAAAAGCUACCAGGGGCAUCUCAUGGGGCGCCCUACUGACCCCGGGCCCUCGGGCAGUGCCCGAGUUUCCAAAUGGUCAGUCCACCCCUGGUCAGUGCUACUG